CAUAAAAUCUCUUUUCUUUAAAAAAAAUAAAUAAUAAUAUUAGUAUUUUAUAACACCACCCGCAAGGAUGUCACCACCGUCAAUUUCCACCCUUAUCCCCUCCACCACCGUCACCACCACCGCCCUAUUCCCCCCAAAAUCACCACCACUUUCAAACCCCAAUCACCCCUCCUCUCUUCUCACCCGCAGAGAUGCCGCCGCCAGCGUCAUUCUAACAUCUAUAGCCUCCCUCAUCCCCUUCCUCCCUCAACCACCCGUGGCCACCGCAUUCUCAAUCGGCAUUUCAGGACCAAAGGAUUGGUUGAGAGAUCAGAAGAAGAAAGCGGCCAAGUAUUUGUUAGCUCCGAUUGAUGCCUCUCGCAACAGCCUUCAAUCUGCGUAUCUUUUAAUCACAGGUAGCGGUACAUCGCCGGAGAAGGAUCUGGAAGAGGUUGGAAGACUGGUUAUAUCGGCAUCGAGGGAUUGUAUUCCACAGGAGAGGAAUUCUAUCGUUACCUUUCAGUCGAAUACCGGAGUUGAGGUUUGCACAUUCAAGUUGGUCUUGAAGAAUGCGGCUUCAUUACUCGAUGACAAGGAUCCAAUAAAGUUGGAGGCGGAUGCUAAGCUCAGUGAUUUAGAAAGGUCUUUUAGUUCUCUUAAUAGUGUGGCAAAUGGAUCUGCCCCUCAGCUUGCAUCUGAUAGACAGAAGGUGGCUGAUGCACUAAUGGAUACCAUAUCUUCUCUUAACAAUUUUGAGCAGGGGAUUAAAGAUUGUCUUGAACUUUAAAUCAUUUACUUCUUCAUCAUGUAAACCUCCAACUUUGUGUUUAGUUGUUCAUCAUUUACUAUCUUCUUACUGCU